UUCUCCAAAGCAGGGUACACUGCACCUCAAGGCUCUGCUGACCAGGUGCCGUCAGACAGAGGAAAGCGUCUCCCUCUUAGACGGGGAGCUGGCCCAGAUGCUAAGGGCCGUGAGGCUGGGGAAGGCCCCCUGCAAGCCCUCUGGCACCCCCUUCCUGCUCACGUGGACAUGGGGGGCUCCCCCGGGUCCUGCACUGGGGCCGGAGCGGCGGUGUUCCUGGCGGGCCUGCGCGCAAAGCCCCAGGGGCGACGCUUGGCACCCCCGCUGGACAGGCCAGGUCUCCGUGCCCGGGGGCACCCGGCAGUCUCCCAUCAACAUUCUGCGGCGGGACAGUGUCUAUGACCCCGAGCUGCCGCCGCUCAGGGUCUCCUACGACGCCGCGUCCUGCCGUCACGCGCGGAACACUGGCUACCUCUGCCAGGUGGAGUUCGAGGAGGCCGCCACGGGCUCGGGAAUCAGCGGGGGGCCCCUGGAGAACCACUACCAGCUGAAGCAGUUCCACUUCCACUGGGGAGCGGCGGAUGGGCGGGGCUCGGAGCACACGGUGGACGGCCGUGCCUUCGCCGCCGAGCUGCACUUAGUUCACUGGAAUCCCACGCGGUACCCAAGUUACCAGGACGCGGUCAUGGGGGAGAAGGGCCUGGCUGUAACUGCCGUCUUUCUGAAGCCAGGCACCCUGCACCAGGCCCUGCAGCAGCUGGUGGAUGUCUUGCCGCAGAUAAAACACAAGGACACGCAGGUGGCCCUGGGCCCCUUCGACCCCUCCUGUCUGCUGCCUGACUGCCGGGACUACUGGACCUAUGCAGGCUCCCUCACCACCCCGCCGCUGGCCGAGACAGUCACCUGGAUCAUCUACAAGAAGCCUAUCGAGGUGGCUCCCAGCCAGCUGUCCGCAUUCCGUGCACUGCUGUUCUCCGCCGUGGGUGAAGAGGAGGCAGCAAUGGUGGACAACUUCCGCCAGCCUCAGCCCCUGAUGAAGCGCACGGUGCGCUCCUCCUUCCUGGGCACUGAGGCACAAAUGAGGGCCUGACGUUCCUGAGUCUACAUGAGCGGGCAGAAUGGACGUGGCAAGGGCUAGCACACACCCCAGGCUUCCCCAUCUGACCCCUGUGACCCCCAAAUUAAACAGGGAACCGUCCUUGUUCCCACCAUGCGCUUUCUGGUCUCAAGUAAAAGAAAUCACUCUAA